AUGACAACGACAUGCACGGAUCGCCAUGGGCACGAAAAGACUAUUCGUCGUCUCAUCGCCUCUGAAGGAAUCACGAUCCUUGCCAAAACCGGUUAUUUGCCGACGAUCCAAGCGACGGAUAUCGAGGAACGCAGCAAAGCAGACCUUUUCGCCAAACUGCUGGUUCUGUUCCAAAUCCUGUGGUUCGCGCUACAGGUCGUGGCGCGCCUUAUUCAGGGAAUUACUGUCACGCCUUUGGAAACACAUACCGCUAUCCAUGUCGGUUGUACGAUCUUGCUCUAUGCCAUCUGGUUUAAUAAACCGUACAAUUUGACCCAGUCCAUUGAAUUGGCGGGGACGGAUACUGAGUACAUUGGUGCUCUUUUCAACUUUUACUCUAUCAGUCACGCUCUCUAUCUCAAGCAUUGUGAGCAUUGUCGCGUUCGAAGAAUGGAAUACUGGAAGGAGCGCGUUAUUCUCGCUUCCAGAGGCGAAAAUGGAUAUGCACUGCCGCCUUGUGUUCCGCAAUUAAAGUCUUUACCUGUCUUACUGGAAAAAUAUAAUGCUGACGAUAUCGAACAUCUUAAAUUCGACGAAUCUUCCGACGAAGAUGUCUAUAUAUUGCAUGGUAUUGCUCCAAAUGCUCGACAGGGUCUGCGAAUUCUGGAAAGCAGAGGGUGUGACAUCUUUCGAUCCGUUCAUGAGAAUAGCCAGCCCCUCGACGUGCUCCGCGAAAGCGCCGGCAAUUUCAAUGUUCGCAGUAUUUAG